AGUUAAUUUACAGUGAAAAGCUCACACUUAGCUUCAACACUCUCAAACUUGACCUUCUUAUCAUUCUCUCUGUCACUGAACCUCUCUUCUCCUAAGCUUGAACUUUAUCAUUCUUCUUCUUCUUCUUCUCCAUCGUAACCGACCAGUCACAGUCUCAAACCCAGAACCAAAACAACAUUCAAAAGCUCCUCGUUUGAACGUUCAAGGAUCCAUGGCUUGUAGUCAUUGCGGGAGAAAGAAAGAGACCCCCCAUUUCUUCGUAAUAAUCCUUCCAAAUACUAUCAAAGAAAAUAGGCUUCACAUUCCAUUAAAGUUUCAAAGGAAAUAUGGAGCAACACUAUACAAUGAUGUAUUUGUCAAUCUUCCAUGUGGUAAAGAAUGGAAGAUGGGCUUAGCUAGAGAUGAUAGGCAUCUUUAUCUACAACAGGGAUGGCCAGAAUUUUCCAGGCACUACGAUAUAGUCAUAGGCCAAAUGAUAGUUUUUAGGUAUAAGGGUAACUCUAAGUUCAAAGCGCUAAUAUUUGAUAAGACUACCACGGAGAUAGAUUACCCCGCACCCCCAGUCCCCCAUGGUGAAGGGUCCAAGGGAAAAGAAAAAGAAUCUCCAUCACUAAGUUCAUGGCGUCAAAAGAGAAUGAAAACUAACCAUGGAUUUGGUGAAACAAAAGGCGAGUCAUCAAAGAAAAAUGACAAAGUUAUAAAAUCAGAAGAAGAUGAUGGAGAAAGAACCAGAAAAUAUGAUGUGCAUGGGAGAAUGAAACCACUGCAGUCAACUGAAAAGUCUGAAGCUCUGGAGAAGGCUAGAGGUUUCCCAUCAGAUAAACAUUUCUUCAAGAAAGUUAUGCAGCCAUCCUAUGUCCAUGGCCGUCAUCCUCGCUUGAAGAUUUCAACAAUAUUUGCAACGAAUCAUCUGAUAGAUAAAUUGGGUCCUAAAAAAUGUGGUACUCUAAAGCUCAAGGUUCCGGGCGGAAAGACUUGGUCUGCAAACUUCACUUAUUGUAAGUCUAAGGGAGUUGUAACAGCCAAAUUUGCUAGUGGCUGGAAAGCUUUUGCUCAGGAAAACAGCUUGGACAUAGGUGAUGUCUGUGUCUUUGUUCUGACUAACGACAGAGAAGUUACAUUUGAUGUCAUCAUUUAUCGCAAAAAUCAAAAUGCAAAUUCUCCAAUUCAUGAAGGUGAAGAAACUGAGAGAAGCUCUGAAUCUUCCUAUUCUGAUUGAGAACGAGCCAGCUUUUAUUUUGUUUUGUGAGCAUGUGAAGAAUUCUUCUCUUGUGUUCAGUGUGGAAAGUGGCGGUCUCUCUCUCUCCAAUACAUGCCAAGUUGUGCUCUGUUGUGUUUUCAUAAUCUACUAGUUCCUAUCCUGUAUCCUGAUUAUUUUUCUGAGUUCUAAGGGUGCCUAGCUAACAUUCUGUAAUGCCAUAGUGACAUUUACAAUAUGUGCUGCAUCACUGUUUGCAGUAACAUUUACAAAAAGACUAUUGUAUCCUAUAUAUUGUUAGGUAAAUAUUUUUUACAUAUUAUCACAUGUACAGUGAA